AUGGCUGACGAUAUCUUAAGAGAAGAAGGUCUUCCUGCUACCACACCAAGGUACCAAUAUCAAGGUGUAAAGCAAUGUCUUAGGUGCUUUGAACUUGAGUUAGAGCGUUAUGACAGGGAGGGCCAACACGGUGACGGCCUAUAUGUUAUAUUUGAUCAUGUGGAUGAUCGUUCCUUCCAGGAGUGUUUCGAGGACGACUCUGCAGAAAGCCUCCUUGUGGAUUCAUUGGCGACCUACAACUUCAUUUCUCAUACUAUUGUCCUCAAAAUGCCGCCUUCUGAUGUGCAUGAGGCUGCCCAUCGUGCUUUCAGUGAGAUUUUUUCGACUUGGCAUCGGGGCCAGGAAAGUCGCCUUGUGCCUACAGGAGAUGCAAAGGUUGAGGGGUUCACAAGGAAGAAGAAGCCGGAUUCUUCCUGGAAGACCUCGAUUCAUAUACCUGGAAGAGAUGUGAAGUGGCCCACAAUCCUUGUUGAAGCAGGAUGGGCUGAACCAAUGGCCAAACUAAAGCAAGAUAUUUUGUUCUGGCUACGUGAAUCGGAGCAACAGGUUAAGGUCGCCCUGACAAUUCAGGUUACUCGAAGGGAAAGCGUCACAAUCAAGCAAUGGGUACUUGACGAAACAACUCGCAGUUCUGUUAAGCCUAUCCAAACAAUGCACAUUACCCGAAACAGAGAUCCCCGUUUGAACCAACACCAAAUUUCGGGCUCGAUGCGUAUCCCAUUCGAAGACUGUUUCCUUCGUGCAAAGAGGGGAAACGAGUCAGAUUUUGUCCUAUCAAACGAAGACCUAACGGAAUUAGCAGAAGCUGUCUGGUAUUGCCUUCCAGAGUGA